AUGGCCAAAGACAAAGAACGCACUGUCAACCCUGCGCAGGCUCAACGGAAGCUUGAGAAGCAAAAGGCACUCAAAAAGGGCAAGGCGGAGGCGCUGAACAGGCGCAAUGAAAAGCUAGCACGGCGAAAUCCAUACCGCAUCCAACGACAAAUAGACGACCUCAAAGCAACCGAGGAGGCUGGGAAACAGCUGAAGCCCCAGCAAAAGGAGAUCCUUGAAGCCCUUGAGAGAGAUUUGCGAGCUGUUAACAAGGCGAGGGAAGCUCUUGGAGAUAAGGCGCCGGUCUUCGGGUGUGGAGAUGGCGGACCGCGUCGAGACAGGGACAGAGACGGAGAUCAAGGCCAUAAUGUGCUAGGGAAGCGGAGAAGGGAUGGACAUCGUGAAGGACGCAAUUGGAGAAAGCAAGAAAGCAGUGGCAGCGAGACAGACGAGAGUGUUCGAAGGAUACCUAUGCCCAGAGACACACCUCCCCCGAUCCCGCGUCAACACCACCAAAGACGGCGAGGAGGACCCAACAAUACCGAAGAAGGCGAAGGUGUGGCAGCUGGUGGUGAGAGAAGUGUGCAUCAGCUACCUCCUAAACCUCCGAUACCAGAAGCAAAGGCAGUCUACGAAUCUGCGCCCGUUCUCAGGAAUCUACAGAAAGAAGCUAUCAACAAGUUUGUGCCGACAACAGUAAGGAUGAAACAGGCUGCUGUUAAAGGCGAAGGUCAACUCGUUGAACCUGAAGAAAUGGAUAAGUUGGAGAAGGCUGGGUAUGUGGUCAGUGGUAGUGGCCCUGAGGCUGGGCAGUUGACAGAUACUCCAAGCGCAAAGGCGGCGGCGUCAUCUCUCGAAGAAGAGGAAGAGCGGUUCAAUCGUGAGCUCAAGUCCGUCCAAAUUGAAGAAGUCGAGGAUGAAGGCAAUUGA